AUGAAGCUGAUGUCCCUGAUUCCAACCAGCCUAACCCUCAACCUCGACCAACAUUUACGUGACCUUCCAUACAAGGGCAAGGCGAUGGACUGCGUAUUUCGUGAUAAGGCCAGUUCUCACUUCAUCCGCAGUGGUGACUUCACACGCUUUGCGGAUUGGAGAUUCGUGCAUAGGGCGCGCAUUAACCUCCUCCCUGUGAAUGGAGCACGCCCCUGGGUACCUAACGAUGACAGCCGCUGUCGACGAUGUGGUUUUGCCAACGAAACUCUUCCGCAUGUUCCUGACCACUGCAUGACAUAUUCCAACUCAUACCGAACCCGACACAACAAGAUUGUGGAAAGGGUAAAGGCUGCGGCGCUUGGCAAGUACACAGUAAUAGCGGAGAGUACAGCAGUCAGCGAUACAGCUCUGCGCCCUGAUCUCGUAUUGUGCAGAGGGGAGGCGGCCCUCGUACUCGACAUCACUAUUCCCUUCGAUAACCGCUACGAGGCAUUGUCUGCUGCACGGGCCGAGAAACACUCGAAGUGCGCAGUACUCAAGCAAUAUUAUCGACGACGAUUCAGCCAAGUGUCAGUGGAGGCAAUUGUAUUAGGAGCGCUCGGAAGCUGGGACCUCGAGAACGACAAGCUCAUGAAGAAACUUUGUAAUAAGUCUUACAUGAGGCUCUUCAAAAAGCUCUGUGUCAGUGAUGUUAUGGCUUCGUCACGCGAUACCUACGUUGAACACGUCACCGGUACGCCAGUAAUAUGA